GUUGCCAUGGAACGUUGAAGCGCUUGUUAAGAACAAAACCAGAUUCAGUGAAAUGUGUUUAUGGAAGCCGUUGAAGGCGUUUGCGAGAAAUUAGCUAUUUUAUUUCAUUUUCGAUCUCAUUAUCAAGCUAAUUCAUAACCUAAGUGCCUUACUAAAUCGUGGACCAUGAUGGAGCGAAGGAGAGCCUUAACUAUUCCCUUUAGUGUAAACAAGGAUAACUUGAUGGAAAAUCCACUCAAAAUCCCCAUGACAUGUCUUUCACCUGAGUGUGGGAAGUUAGACAGACAGGUUUCCUGGACUGCUUUUACGGGCUGCAAACGCCAACGUCAUGAUUCACAGCAUAAAAAUGGAUCUGUGCUGUUUGAUCACGCAGCGAUGAUUUCUUUGGAAAUUAAUAGGAGGAAGCCCCGUUUGGUCCUGACAGACGUCCUCAAAACAGAGCAGGGAAAGAUGCACUUGGAAAGGAUAAAACGGAGUUGUAUCUUGGAAAAAGGAGGACAAAUGUCAAUACGAAAAGCGAGAGGGCAGUGCAAAAAGGAGUCUCUGAUCUGCAGAGGGACACGGUCUGGUCAGAGAGAUGCCAACAAGGAUAACAGCACAAGUGUAACUCCUAAACGCAAUCAGAGGUCCACAUCUUCAACCCCACAAAGGUCGAGACUCAGGAGGAGGUUACAAAACGAUGAUGAGGAAGAGGAGAAGGAAGACGGCCAAGAAAUCCAGGAGGUGAUAAUAGGCAAGACGAAUGGAGCAGACUACAAAUUUGCUGAAGUUGUAGACUGUGGGUUGUCAGUGAGCUGGGAGCCUGUGGAGAGCUCAGGAGGUUGUGAAGAAUUCCCCCCAGCAAGCAUCAAGGACAAGUGGACUGAUCCGGAAAACGAAGUACAACACAGUUUGAAAAGAAAAAGAAAGGAAGAAGAGUCUCAGCUUAAUGGCACAGUCAGCCCUAAACGCCAUCGAACGAGUGUGCUUCGACUCACUGGAGAAGACAUGGGGGACAGAGGACAGGUCCCUGCACCAAUUUGCCCAGAGGACAGCACAGAAGACGAAUAUUUUGACAACGGGGACCGUAGUAUUGUACAAUUCACUGUGGGUGGAGAUGAUACCACACAAGUUCUGGUUCCUGUCAUCCAUCCUAAUUUGCAGUCUGGAAACUCGGCUGGCCAGGAGAGCAUAGUCAGGACAAGCAGUUCUUCUGAACCAAUUGUGCUAUCCAGUGAUGAUGAGGAGGGCAGCAGCGCCCUUCAACACUGCAGUCCACAGAUCCAUUCACUUGUCACUGUGGGGGACACAGCAAGGCAGGAACAAACAUCCCAGCAGGCCUUGAUCGAACCAGAUGAUUCUGUUUUACAGGACAUGGAGGUGGUACGUGUCGUUGUAGAGGAACUUCCUGUGCCACUUCCUCCCAUACAGAGUGUCGACGACCCCUGCAUGGCUGUAGCCUUCUCCAGUAUCUACUGUGGAGGUUACGAUGGGAAGGCAAAUGGAGAUAUCCUGAUGGGUGACGAAAACAUCAUCAUCCCACUGAAAGACAUUAGUGAACAGGUGGAUGUGAUGUUAACCAUAGAACGUAAAGCUUUGAGGAGAUACAGUGUUUGGGAGGAGCCAGAUAUGGAGAUACGGGAGUUUUGCUUAAAGGAAAACAAGGAGCCGUCCCCUCCUGCUGUCCUUCUGUUAUGUGUAUCAGACACUGCUGCAGCUACUGUACGGCGUGACCUUUGCAAACUGCGUGUCAAACAAGGUGCAACCAUUGAAACUGGCAAGGCCAGCCCCUUCAUCCUGCUGACUCUGAGGUAUCCCCUAGAGGGGAUGGAGGGGGCUUUAUUGCGCUCCCUCCUGGACAUUGACUGUCUUAAUGGUCUGACUCAUGAUCACUCUCUUUCAACCCUUGAUUCAGACAGAUUUAGUUGUAGGGAGGGCAUCCACAAUCCCAUUCUUUCUCUGGAUGAUAGCAUAGAACUGAUUCAAAGAACUGGACUGGACUCACACCUCCUGUGUCUGCUGGGCCUUGAGACCACUGGCCCUCUUCUUGAUGCAGACCAGGACAAUUCAUCUGCUGACAGAGACAAAAAAGAAUUUUCACAGACUGACGAAGAGGAAAACAAGACACCACACGACUUGGUGGAGGUUGAGCCACAGAAGACGAGACAAGAAGAGACGGUCCCACAGCUGGACACAGCAGCAGAGCAAGACACAGGGACACAACUCAAACCAGAGGAGGAGCAGAAAGGACAAGAGCCAGAACAGCCUCCUGAGAAUAAAAAGGAGGAACCCACCCCUGUAUACACACUGUGCCAUUGUAGAACCAAGGGAUCAUACUCCGUGUCAAUGUGUAAACCAGACUCCAGAUGGACUAAAUAUAAACAUCAGGGUCUGGCUCACAGGUUGAUCCAGUUUCCUCCACCUCCACUGAAAGGAGGAAUAACAGUAACAAUGGAAGACCUGCAGUGCCUCGACAGUGGGCAGUUCCUCAAUGAUGUUAUCAUUGACUUUUACCUCAAAUAUCUCCUUCACAAUGUGUCUGCUGAUGUGGCCAAACGCUGCCACAUCUUCAGCAGCUUCUUCUACAAACAGCUGACGCGCAGGGACAACGCCAGUGAAGGCGGCACCAGCGAAUCUUGUCAGAGGCAGAGGCGGCACCAACGGGUGAAAACCUGGACACGCCAUGUGGACAUCUUCAAAAAGGACUUUCUCAUUGUCCCUGUCAAUCAGGAGGCUCAUUGGUAUUUAGCUGUGAUUUGCUUUCCGGGCCUUGAUAAGCCAACAGUGGAGGCCUGGCCUGGUACAGAGUCAGAUGGGACAGAUACAUCGGUAGAUCAGGAUGAGACUCAAAUAUCGAAAAGUCCAGAUCACAGCACCGAGACACCACCUAUAUUAAACCACAGUGACACUGCGGCCACAGAGACAGAAAAAACUAAAGACGAAGUCACCAAAGCCCCACCACCUGGCCCAGUGAAGUGCACACAGAAAACGUACCAGAAAAAUACUGUUUGCAAGAGGCCGUGCAUUCUCAUCAUGGAUUCCCUCAAAAUUUCUCUUCAUGAGCGAGUCUUUAAACUCUUACGAGAGUACUUGCAGUCAGAAUGGGAGGUGCGUCAGUGCUCAACAAGGGAGUUUGGUCCCGAUCAAAUGAAAAGUUCACACUGCCAAGUUCCCCUUCAGGACAACAGCAGCGACUGUGGCCUUUACCUGCUGCAGUAUGUAGAAAGUUUUUUGAAGGACCCUGUGGUUCAUUUUGACCUCCCCCUACAACUCCAACGGUGGUUCCCACGGCAACAGGUGCGCAGGAAACGAGAUGAAAUCAGAGAUCUGGUACUUUACCUUUACCGACAGCAGAACAUGGACAAGAGGAGAUAGAUGCAGAAGCAGUUUUAUUGCUCAGUGCAUCACAUUCCUGUAGCCAGUAUGAAUCACUGCUCAUACUAAGCGAUGGACACUUCAGCAGUGUGAACUGAACAUUUCUUUUAAACUUAGGUUCUUUUGUCAUAGGCAUCAAAAAACUUGUAAAUGUAUGAUUACCUUUGGCUCCUGUCAGUGGAAAUGAAGGCAUCAGUUCAGUCAAAAUAAUAAGCUGUUCAUCCAAACCAGAAAUACUUCUGAAUCCAAUUAUGUCUGGAAACACAAACGUUAGUACACCCCAAACCUUUUACUGAUUGUUUUUAUGCUGCAAAACAUUUUUAUAAAGGCAUUAUUUGUAUUUCAUUUUUUAUGUAGAAUCACACAAGUUGGAAACUAAUGAUAAAACUUAGUUAGUUUAUACGGCAGACAUGUAAGCAGAUUUAGUUGGAUUUACUGUGUUUACUUCACAGACUUUUGUUUGCCUUCCUUUGCAUCAGUUAAUUUUUACUGGAUGAGAUAAACAUUACAUCAAUUCAGUCCUGAAAAACACAACCAUGGUGUGACAAACUGUACCUGUCAGUGACCUUGAAGAAAUCCAUUCUAAAGGGUUAAAACCACUGAAGCCUCAGGAACUGGAAUCUGUCCCAACAUGGAGUGGCUGUGGAAUAAUUUCCUACUUGUCACCAUCAUGCCUCACUUCGUUUUCCUAUCAUCUUCCACACACGUCUACCAAUGAUUGACAAUUCAUUUGAAUAAUUGACUUCUCUUUUGUUGAACUCUGACACUAUGUGUCGCUCUUUGUUCAUUGUAGAUGGUUCAAAUCAUAUUGAGACUACAAAAGUGGCUGGCUACACGCUGUCUUUUUGUUAAUGGAAUAAUAUCUGCCACUUUCAGUGUUUGUCUUGACUGAAUUAGAGGAGUACCCCUUUAUACGUUUGCGGCUGCUAUUAGGAAAAUUAACUACGACUAUAGCUACAGUGUUUCUACUGUCGACUAAGCAAAGUACCUUAUUUUAGCACUUUGAGUUCAUACAUAGGAUACACACUUCUGAAUUAUUUCAAUUAAGUUCCAGUCUGAAAAAUGUAAUUCAAAGGUGGACGUACAUUGGCAUGUACGUUUUCUUUUGAAACCUAUGUUACUGAGACUUAAAAAAAUAACACUGACACUAGUAAAUAUAGCGAUCUGUCACUGCUGUUGUCUAAAAUCCUCAAGGGAGAUGAGUCUUGAUAGUCUUGUCGUUAUCAUUCAAGAAGUUCUUGAUUUUUUAUAUGUUUUUUUUGAAGAUGUUGGUGAAUGUACAGGAGCAGAUUCCAAAAUAUCUUUGGUUUCAAAACUAUUAAAACCUCUAGACCAAAUCAUAA